AUGGAAAAACGUUCAUAUAAUUCAAUUAAUUUAAAAUUAGUUGGAAAUACUUUUGGUAAAGAAAAAAACAAUUUGUGUGAUAACUUUGUAUCAAAUUAUGAAGAAAAUGACAAUAUAAAAAAAAGACUGAAGUGUAAUAAUUUUGAUAUUUUAAAAGAAGAAAAUUAUAGUAAUGAAGUAUUCUUAAAAUUAAAAGAUUUUUAUAAAAAUAAUCAUAAUAUUAGUUGUAAAAAUGACUUUAACUAUGGAAAAAAUAAAAGAAAAGGAAGAGAAUAUACAGACGAAAUGAUAAUAAAAGAAAAGAGAAAAAUGAAUACGAAUAAAAUUUAUAAUUUGUCUAAAAGUGCUGUUUCUGAUGAAGAUAUAGGAAUGAUAAAGAAAAAAUAUUUAAUUAAAAGAAGAAAAAACAUUUUACAUAAAAAGUUAUAUUCUAAAUCUGAGAAUAAUUCUAAAGUUAAGUAUAAUAUAGGAAAACAUAAUAAUCAGUAUAGAAAAGUUGAUGUAUAUAAAAAAAAUAAUUUCGAUAAAAAUUGCAUAAUUGAUAUUGUAAAAGAAGAAAUAGAAAAAAAAGAAAAAAACAAUGAAUUGGAAAAAUUGUUAAAAAAAGAUAAUAAUAAAUACGAAAAGAGUAAUAAUUGCGAAAAAAGUAUUGAUAAUCAAGGAAUUAAAAACAUGAAGUAUGAAGAAAAUGAAAAAUUUGAAAAAGAAAGAAAAAAUUGUAAUGAAGAAAAUGAAAAAUUAGAAAUAGAAAGAAAAAAUUGUAAUGAAGUAAAUGAGAAAUUAGAAAUAGAAAGAAAAAAUUGUAAUGAAGUAAAUGAGAAAUUAGAAAAAGAAAGAAAAAAUUAUAAUGAAGAAAAUAAAAACAAUCAAGAAAAUAGAAAAUAUGAAAAAUUAAUGAAAAAAAUAAAACCAAAUUUGUGUGAAUCUGCUUUUUUUAAUAAUCGUUUGAAUUUUAAAGAAAGAUAUUCUGAUAAAUAUGGAGAAAAAAAUAUAAAAAAAAAUGAAGAAAAUUUAAAGUUAGAAAUAAAAUAUUUCAAAGAUGAAAUAAAUAAUAAAAUUAUAAAUAAUAAAAAUACAAAUAAUACUUAUGUAAAUAAUAAUCAUGCAAAUAUUUACAAAUAUAAUAAUAAUAUGAUAGAGAAAGAAAAAGUUAGUGAUGAAAAUGAAUUUUUUAAUUACGGUAAUAAUAAUGAAGGUAAAAUAUAUGAAAAAAUAGAAGAUAAUUUAAUAAAUAACAAGAAAGAUAUAAAUAUUCAUACAAGUUUAAAAGAAAAAAUAAUAAAUUUUAGUGAAGAUGCUUACAGUAAUAGAAAUUCAAGUUAUCUAAGUCUUAGUGAUACAUUAACUUUAUAUGAUAAAGAAAAACUACUAAAGAAGGACAAUAAUAAUAAUAGUAAUAAUAAUAAUAAUAUUUUUGAUGGUAUUAAUGAUAAUAGUAAUCAUAUUAAAAAUAUAGAUAACAACAAUACUAUUAAAAAUAAAAUAAUAGAAAAGAAGAAAAAACUAAAAAGUAUUCAUAACGAGAUUUUAAAUUUAAUGAAUGAAAACGAUUUAGACAAAAAGGAAAUAACAAUUGAAGAAAAAUGCCUAUUAAAAAAUAAACAGAUAGAAGAAACAAAAAAAGAAGAAAUAGAUCAAAAUUUUAUUUUUAAAAAUAAUAAAUAUACUUAUUAUAGUUCAUUAAAUAUAAAUAGUAAAAAUUGUGAAAAAAUAAAUAAUGAUAAACAAAUUUUGAAUAGUGUUUGUAAAUUUAAUAUAAGUAAUAGAAUAUAUGAUGAUAAUGAUAAAAAAUAUUGUUAUACAAUUCCUAAUGUUUAUGAUAAUGAAGAUUUUUCAUCAAAUAAAUUAUUCCAAUCUAAGAAAAAAGAUGGAAAUUUCAAGGAAUAUAUCAAGAAUAAUAAAAUAAAAGAAACGAAUAUUCUAGAAGAUAAAAAGGAACACAUAAAAAAUAGAAUAAACUUAACAAAUUAUUUUGUAAAAAAUAUAAAGUUAAUAUAUGAAAGAGAAAAGAAAAUAUUAGAAGUAAAUAUAAAAUUCAUUGAGAAAUAUUCUUACUUUAAAAUAAUUUUAAAUACAUAUAGUGAAAAUCAUUUAAUAAAAAUGGAUGAUCAUAUAAAUUUUAAGUUAUCAAAAAUUUUAUUUUCUAAAGAUAUAAUAGAUAAAAUUAAUAAAAAAAAUUUUAAAAAAAUUAUGAAAGCUUUAGACUUUUAUGGCUAUUUUUACAAUAAUACUUUUUUAAAAAAACUUUGUAAUAAAAUAACUGUAAAUAACUGGUUAAGUAACAAAAGGUUUUUUUAUGAGACAUUUAAAAAAAAAAUUCUACAAGUUGGUAUUUUUUAUGAUUUAAUAUAUCAUUUUUUAUAUCAAAAUAAUAUUUUUGUGAACUUUUUUUUUACUAAAAAAGGCGGAAAUUUUAUGAAAACAUUUUUAUUAUAUGACAAAAAUAAGGCAAUGAAAUUAAUUAAUAAAAUAGUAAAAAAUUUAAAAAAUAUUAACCCACCUACUAAUUCAGUUGUAAAUUUUUUAUGUGGUUUUUUUAUAGAAGAAGAUAAAACAAAAAAAACAUCACUAAAAAAAAUAAAAAAUCAUAACUAUCAAACUGAUAUACAUUUAAAAAGUAAUAGAAUGAAUAUAAAAAAAGAUAAAAAUAUUUUUAAUGAAAAGCUUCAUGAAUUAAAUCAAAAAAUUAAAAGGGAAUAUAAUUUUUCAAAAAAAAAAAAGAAUACAUAUAUUUAUAUAAAAAAUUCUAAAUUUAAAAAAAGAGUAUUAAGGAAUAUUUUAAAUAAAAUAUGGUUGAAGACCGAUUUAUAUAUAAAGGAAGAAGUAUUUUAUGGUCAAAAUUUCACUAUNAAAAAAAAAUUAAAAAAGAAUAAAAUUAAUAAUUUAAAAAAACUAAAUAACCUUAUAUAUGAUAUCAAUGAUUCAAGUGAGUCUAGUGUGUAUUCCUUUUUAACUGAUGAAGAAAAACAUUAUAACUUUUAUAAGUCAGAUGAAUAUAAUUUAAAUUUAAAUGAGCAAUUGAAUGAAACAUUUCGUCAUUGUAUAUAUCAAGAAGAAAUAGAUGAUGAUCAAAUUAUUCAUGAAGAUGACAACCAUGAAAAUAAUCAACGUAAUUAUUAUGAAAAUAAUGAAGAAAAUAUAGAAAUUGAAACAAAUAGUAUUAAUAACAAUGUCAAUGAAAAUAGUUUAAAAACUUUUCAUAGUUUAGAUUGUAUUCCAAAUAUAUCUUUUGAUUUAUAUUAUGAAAAUAACAAUUAUUGUCAAAAAGGAAAUUCGUUUUUAUCAUUAUGUUUCAAAGAGGAAGAAAAGUGUAAUACAAAUAAAUACAUAAAGGAUCUUUCAUUUUUAGGAAUUAGAAUUAGUUCAAAAGAAAAUAAAAUAAACUAUUUUAAUUGUUUUGAUGUUAAUUUAAAAAUUAAAAUAAAAAAUCAUUUAUUAACUAAUAUAAGUUAUAAUAUAUCAAAAGAUGAUGAAAACAUUUCUGCCUUUUUACCAGUAUGGCCAAAUAACCCUGACUAUUUUGGUUUUAAAAUAACCAAAAAUAUUAAAAAAGAGUUUAACGAAAUAAAAAAAAAUAUAAUGCAAGAAAAAGGAGAAAAAAAAAAAAAAUCAUGGGAUAUAAUUAUUAAUAAAAUGAAUAAUAGAAUAAUGAAAUUUGACGAAUGUAUAAAUAUAUUUGAAAAAGAAAAUAAAAAGAAAAAUGGUUUAGAUUUUAAUAUGUACAAUAUUUCCAACAAUGAUAUAGAUAAAAAUAAAAUAACAAAUAUAGAUGAAGUAAAAAUAAAAGACUGUAAUUUUUUUUUAAAUAUAAAAAUGUAUCCUAUUCGUACUUUAGUUUUGUAUAUAUUAUAUAAUUCAUUAUAUAAAGAUAAAAAUUUGAAUUUUGUAGAGUUUUUUUCUAAUAGUAUAAAUAAUGAAAUAAAGGAAUGGUUGUUAUUAUUUUUACUACCUAAUUUUAUUAACAAAUGCAUAUAUAAGGUUACAUAUCCCUUAAAAUUAACAAAGAAUAUAUUUACUGAAUCUAAUGAAUUUUAUGAAGAUUUUUUCUCAAAUGAAUAUUUAAAAAUUAAUGAUAUUGAAAAAAUUAUAAUAUAUACGAAAAAUAAUAGCGAAGAGGAAAUUGAAUUUUGUCCUUAUUUUUUUUGUUAUACAUGGUUAAAAUCAAGUAAAUAUAAAAUUGAUAGAUGGGUUAGUUCAAAAAUCAAUGAAAUUCUCUUCACUUUCCCAUAUGCUAAUUUUUUAUUAAGUAAAUACUUUUCUAAUUUUUUAUUAUUUAUUCAAUUAUUUAAGACUUGCUUAGAUUUAGAUCAUAUGUAUUUGUGUAAAUCUCAUUUUUAUGUUUCACUUAAACAUAAUAUUUCUUUUUUACAUGAAUCAAUAGUUAAUGUUUUAUUUUCAGUAUCUGGAAAACUAAAAAACAUUUAA